AUGCAGGUGAACUGCAUUUUGAGGUCUGCGGUGCUGUUUGCCACUCUGUCUCUUGCCAUUGCCAAGCACAAGCAGUCUUCCUCCGCAAAAGGUUGCUACCCAAGGGGGACACUGUCCCAAGCCGUUGACACACUGUACGUCAAGGCAGCGUGGCUCAAGGCAACAAUUCCAGAAGACCGCAUUAAAAAUAUACGAUUGUUAAGAAAGAAAACAAAAAACCUAUUUAUGAAAAACUGCAGAUUCCAAGAGCAGCUUCUGUCCUUCUUCAUGGAAGAUGUUUUUGGUCAACUCCAGUUAAAGGUCUGCAGGGAAAUACGUUUUGUGGAAGAGCUUCAUAGCCUCAGGCAGCAGCUGAGCCGUUGUAUUUCCUGUGCUUCCUCAGCUAGAGAGAUGAAAACGAUUACCAGGAUGAAAAGCACGUUUUAUGGGCUUGGAAACAAAGGAAUCUACAAAGCCAUCAGUGAACUGAAUAUUCUUCUUUCCUGGAUUAAACAAUUCCUGGAAAGCAUUAAGUAA